GCCAGUGGCGAAGCUUUGUCAGCCGCGGCGCCCCGCUCGCUCGGCAGCGCAGCGCAGCGCCGCGCGGCCGCCCCGCUCCUCCUCAGGCAGGGCGCUUCCCGGCCGUUAGCUCUCCGCGCCCGGCUCGGAGGAGGCGGCGGCGGCUCGGAGCGAGGGCACCGGCCGCCGGCGAGGCUCGACAGCGGCUCCCGCCGUCGCCGCCCGAGUUUGUACUUAAGUCCUUUGACGUAAACCCGAAAUCUCAGAAAUCAUGAACAGCUUCAGCAAUGAAGAAUUUGAAUUCACCUUCCUUGAUGAAGGCUUUACUGCCAAGGAUAUCCUCGACCAAAAAAUAAAUGAAGUGUCGUCUUCUGACGAUAAAGAUGCCUUCUAUGUUGCUGACCUUGGGGAUAUUGUAAAGAAGCACAUGCGAUGGCAUAAAGCUCUUCCUCGAGUAACCCCUUUCUAUGCUGUAAAAUGUAAUGAUAGCAAAGCUGUAGUGAAGACACUUGCUGCUCUUGGUGCAGGAUUUGAUUGUGCCAGUAAGACAGAAAUACAGCUGGUGCAGGGCAUUGGCGUACCUCCUGAGCGAAUAAUAUAUGCAAAUCCCUGCAAACAAGUAUCUCAAAUCAAGCAUGCUGCCAGCAGUGGUGUACGGAUGAUGACUUUUGAUAGCGAAGUAGAACUAAUGAAAGUUGCAAGGGCCCAUCCAAAAGCCAAGUUAGUCUUGCGCAUCACCACUGAUGAUUCCAAAGCAGUUUGUCGUCUGAGUGUUAAAUUUGGAGCUACCCUUAAGACUAGUAGGCUUCUACUGGAGCGGGCAAAAGAACUUGACCUUGCCAUUGUUGGAGUUAGCUUCCAUGUUGGGAGUGGUUGUACAGACCCAGAGACCUUUGUUCAAGCCAUUUCUGAUGCCCGCUGUGUGUUCGAUAUGGGAGCUGAGCUUGGCUUCAAUAUGUAUCUGCUUGAUAUUGGUGGUGGCUUCCCUGGUUCUGAAGAUGUCAAGCUUAAAUUUGAAGAGAUCACGAGUGUAAUCAAUCCAGCACUGGAUAAAUACUUUCCCUUGGAUUCAGGAGUAAAUAUUAUUGCAGAACCAGGAAGAUACUAUGUUGCAUCAGCUUUCACACUGGCAGUCAACAUAAUUGCAAAAAAAGUUGUAUUAAAGGAGCAAACGGCUUCUGAUGAUGAAGAGGAUGCAAAUGACAAAACUCUCAUGUACUAUGUGAAUGAUGGAGUGUAUGGAUCAUUCAACUGUAUCUUAUAUGAUCAUGCACAUGUUAAACCAGUUCUGCAAAAGAGACUUAAACCAGAUGACAGUUGCUAUUCCUGCAGUAUAUGGGGACCAACAUGUGAUGGUUUAGAUCGUAUUGUUGAGCGUUUCAAUAUGCCAGAGUUGCAAGUUGGCGAUUGGAUUCUAUUUGAAAACAUGGGUGCCUAUACUGUUGCAGCAGCUUCUACUUUCAAUGGAUUCCAGAGGCCAACAAUAUACUAUGUGAUGUCAAGACCAGCAUGGCGAUUAAUGCAACAGAUUAAGGAGCAAGGGUUCCUAGCUGAAGUGGAAGAGCAGGAUGUUGCUACUUUGCCACUCUCUUGCGCCUGGGAAAGCGGAAUUGAAUAUCCAGCAACUUGUGCUUCAGCUAGUAUUAAUGUAUAGACAACACUUAGUAACUAACUGCAAGUUUAGUCAUCAAAUUUAGGGCGUUUGGGGGACCAUUAACUUAAUUCUUGCUAGAAUUUUUAAGGUUUUUUUUUUUUAUUUUAAGCUUAGAUUUGGCAUAAAUGCAACAAAAUAAAGAACUAGGAGAUGGGGGUCACAUUUAUCUGUGUUCCUAUGGAAACUAUUUGAAUAUUGUUUUAUAUGGAUUUUUAUUCACUUUCACAUAUGCUACUAAAGACUAACCCUCAACUGUCAAACAAGUAUUUGUAGCUUGUGUAUGGCAGAAUGGGCUAAGCUUAGUGUUUGUGACCUACCUGUUUUAAAAUAAAGUAUAUUGAAAUAA